GUGCUACUCGGUUUCUAGACUGCUGCUCACUGCACGCCGCGCAUCGUCUGUCCGUUUUAUAACCAGCUGGAUUUUCAAUACAUCGUCUCGGCAGAGGUGCAUUCAGCUUUAUCCCAGUCUCCUCAACGUUAUCUAUCAUGGCUGAGAAUAAACUGGUCUCCUUUGGGAAGAUGCUGCUGAGGCGUCGCAUGCUGGACACUUCUCAGGAUGAGACCCGCUUCGCUCGCUGCCUCACCACUCUUGACCUCAUAGCCCUCGGGGUGGGGGCGACACUGGGCGCAGGUGUCUACGUCCUGGCUGGGGAAGUGGCCCGAGAGAAGGCUGGACCUGCCAUCGUGCUUUCUUUCCUCAUUGCAGCCUUGUCUUCUGUCCUCGCUGGCUUGUGCUACGCUGAAUUUGGUGCACGUGUUCCCAAGACGGGAUCUGCUUACCUGUACAGCUACGUGACAGUGGGUGAAAUAUGGGCCUUCAUCACGGGAUGGAACCUCAUUCUGUCAUACGUGAUUGGCACAGCUAGUGUGGCACGGGCUUGGAGCUCAACGUUUGACAAUCUAGUGAACAAAACAGUCUCUAGCUUUUUCACUGAUUGCAUGUCGUUUCCAGACACUGGAAAAGUGUUAGCAGAGUAUCCAGAUGUGUUUGCUCUCAUCCUGGUCAUGUUGCUCACUGGACUAUUGGCAUUUGGAGUGAGUGAGUCUGCACUUGUCAACAAGAUCUUCACAGGAAUCAACCUGGUGGUUCUGACAUUUGUCAUUAUAUCGGGCUUUGUGAAAGGCGACACUGCCAACUGGAACCUCACUGUGGAGAACUACAUUAACAGCACAAACAACUACAAUGCAGAGAAAAUUGAAAAAGAAUUUGGCUCGGGUGGUUUUGCACCAUUUGGCUUGAGUGGAAUCCUAACUGGCGCUGCUACUUGCUUCUAUGCAUUUGUGGGUUUUGACUGCAUCGCAACCACAAGUGAGGAAGCCAAAAACCCCAAGCGUUCCAUCCCGAUCGGCAUAGUGGCCUCUCUGCUCAUCUGCUUUUUUGCCUACUUCGGAGUGUCAGCAGCGCUCACACUCAUGAUGCCCUACUACAAGCUGGAUGUUCAAAGUCCACUUCCAGAGGCCUUCCAAUAUGUGCAAUGGGGCCCUGCUCGCUAUAUUGUAGCGGUGGGGUCUCUGUGCGCCCUUUCCACCAGCUUGUUAGGCUCCAUGUUCCCUAUGCCUCGUGUGAUUUAUGCCAUGGCUGAGGAUGGUCUGCUCUUUCGCUCCCUCUCCCGCAUGCACAAGAAAACCAAAACACCUAUGCUGGCCACCAUUGUUUCUGGCAUUGUAGCAGCUCUGAUGGCCUUUCUGUUCGAUCUCGCCGCAUUAGUGGACUUGAUGUCAAUCGGGACCCUGCUGGCAUACACUCUAGUUGCUGUGUGUGUACUCAUUCUCCGGUACCAGCCGGGCAGUCUUGGUUCCAGUGGUGCAAAUGAGAAGCCGAUGGAACUAGAGAGGCUGGAGGCUAAAGGAGGCAUGGCAGAUGUGGAUAGCGGGGAUGAGUACAGCCAGGAGCUGGAGACAACACCCCUUAAGGAGAGGUUUUCCAUCAGGAUGCUGGUGCAGCCCAUCUGUGACGUACCCACCAAGACUUCGGGCAUCAUUGUUUACGCUGUAACUGGCACCAUAUCCGUGCUGUUUACUCUGCUGUGUGUGGUGCUGGCGGUGUACGGAGAGCAGGUGGGAAAGGGCAGCGUGCUUUGUAUCUCUUUGGUUGUUCUCCUGUCUGUUCUGUCUUCUGUCUGCAUCUUCAUCAUCUGGAAACAGCCCCAGAGUAAAGAGGUUCUCACUUUCAAGGUGCCUUUGCUCCCUAUUCUGCCAUUGGUCAGUAUCUUUGUAAAUAUUUACCUCAUGAUGCAAUUAGAUGGACCUACAUGGAUUCGUUUCGCUGUAUGGAUGGUUAUCGGUUUUAUUAUUUAUUUUGCAUAUGGAAUAAGGCACAGCUCUGAGGGUAAAAACAAUUCCCCGGAAAAAUUUGAGCCCAUCCUUCAAGCAAAGAAACCAAUCUACCUGACUGAAGAUGACCGUGAACAUGAGAGGGCCACACCUUAAGAACAGCGACUGGAUUGGUAUGGCAGCAACGUUACAACCGGUUUUGUAAAAUGCUGCAGUUUCACUUUAUAAUGCACCUUAUAAUUCUUAAGUCUGCAUCGAAAACUGACAAAAAAUGGUUUUGCGCAACCAUUUUUAUUCAGUAGGUAAACUGUUAUUUCUUGCUAAUUGUUUACCUUGUGUCAAUAUGUGAUGGUGCUGUAACGGUGUUACUUAUUUAUGUCUAGGCUUCAUUAUGACAAAAAUUCAGUCUAGUCCUACAUGUACUUUGUAUGCACAUGUUGUUUUCAGAGAUGGGGCAGAACUGUUAUGCUUGAAAAAAUAUUCAUGAACAGGGAGUCUGCCUGUGGGUGGGUCGUUUAGGGUGACUCCUUCCUCUCACAAUGAAUGGGAAUAUGUUAUUCAAAGGCUUUGUUUAGACAGGCAGCAAUAAUCUCAUUGGGCGUACUCAACUCAAGGUUUUUUUUUUUCAUCAUUUAUGAUGCAACAUCCUUCAUGUCCACAUUUACUCGUAUAGCACACUGUCACAUUUGCGAUGUAGUAAAAGUGACUGAUUGCACAAUGAUGUUCUCUCAUGAGUUCAGCACUACAGUAAGAUGUCAAGAUUGGCUUGUACAAAGGCACAAUUUAUGCUUGUCUCCUCUUUUUCCACCCUGACAGGUGUACAAGUCUCUUUUCAUUAUGCUGGCACUUGUGUCAUUACUAUAGUGUCCAGUGUAGAUAUUGACUAGCCUCUACUGUAGGCAAACAGAUCAGAAAAUUCACAUUUAUAGACCAAAUUAGAUUUGUGUGCCGUGUGAACAAACCCAAUAUAUUUUUACUGGACCAGAGAGAAAUGAGAGCGUGUAAAAUAACAUGUGCAGUAUUGUUUUGAACUCAAAACGUCCUUGUAGUACUUCAUUUUAUAAACUUGAUAUGAUUGGAAAAAGUGAUACAUGAAAAAUAUUUUAAAAAUUACCUUGGAUUUUGUCAGUAGUUUUAUAGUUGUAAAAGUAUGUUCUUGUAUAUUUUUGUAAAUUUAUUGAUGUAUUUAUGUACCAGUGGGAGGAAAAUGUAUUUAUUGUUGUCACAGUAAUAUGUUUUACAUAUUUUUUUAGAAAGGAUAAUACAUUCCAGCAUAGUUUUCUCUAUUGAGCUGUACGUAUUUGGGAUGGGAAAAAGAAAACCCUCAUUGUCUUAAAUGUGCUUAAUAGCAAAAACAGAAAUUAACUUAUUGUCUAUUUCUGGAAAGGGGUCUAUGUUUUUACUUGCGUGACAAAAUUUGUAAUUUUUCAUUUUGAACAUCAGCAUCUAAGUGCUCUUAUUUUUCAUGCAAUUUUUUGCCAUUUCAGUUAUCUUUUUAAGAUAACAGUUUAUGCUGUUUUCAUAAUGUUUUUUGUAAAAACAUUGCAAUGUAAAUGCUUUUUUCUUUAAGGAAAAGUAGAUCUGAAUGUAGAGAUUAUGGAUCUUUGUGACUUUGGUGGCUUUUUCCAUUUGCUGCUGGGUUAUGGUGUAUUUUAGUGACAUGACCAGAGCAAUGUAUGGCUCUUUACACUAAACAGAGUUGUUUGUACAGUUUAUUUUUCAAAAGUCAUUACCAUUUGCUGACAAUAUUGUGACUUUAUAGCCUGUUUUACAAUUAAUGUUUGCACAAUGCUGCUGUGUAGAUGAGCUGGAACGGUUUCUUCCAGUUAUUUGAAAAUCAUAUCUGUUACAGAGUUGUUACGAGACAGUACUAUUAACUUUGAACAGACACUGCCUUCUCCUUUUAUAAUACUGACCCUUAUGAGUAUUACUGAUGAAGAUGAAGGCUUUACAUGGCUCAGUGCUGUGACUAGCUUUUCUAACUCUUUCGGAGGUAUAGAGCUGUUCAGUUUGAGGUCCUAAAACCUGGUAAAGAAUUUGAAAGGCAUGUGGAAUUCCUAAUGGAAUUUUUGAUUUAUGAGUAAAACAAGGUCUGUGGUUUACAUUACUUGUUAGCACAGGUUCUUUAAAUAAUAUUAAAGGAACAAAUGUCAAUAUUAGUAUAUGUUCAGUUAGUUAACUAAUGUUAAUAAAUGAAAACUUAGUUACCACACAAUACCUAAAUAUAUUUUAAAAAAUAUAACUUGCUUAAGCUUCCGGAUUGGCUUGUAAAAAAAAAAAAACAUCAUGCUCUAUUGAUAUGUAUUGCUACUGUAAUAUAACAGACAUUACUGUUUACUGUGUUAUAUGUCAUUGUUUCAUAUUCAUGUGUCUUUAAAGCUGAAGUGUGAAAUUGCAAAAAUAGUUCUGGUUUUCAUAAAAUGCUCCCAGAUAGUCCCACCCCAAACUCACACCACCGGUUGAGCCAGAGUUUCUGGAUUGGAUGCUUAAACAUGGAUCUGCAGUAUUUACACCUUUUGUGUAAAUCAGAAUGUAAAUGGCCGGUGUUAGGAUGAGAUUAAAACAAAUUACACACUUCAGCUUUCCUAUGUAAAUAGUCUACUUAAUGUGCCUUUAUUAUUUGUGAUAUGCUGUUAUCAAAUAAAUAUACCAAGUAUUGUCA